AUGAGUGGAAGACGUCAAAAAAGUCAAUACAUACCAUACGAGGAUAGUUUAGAGUACGAAGAAGAUUAUAUUGAAGAGGAAUCUCUCCUUGUAGACGGAGAAGAGACAGCCGUUGAAUACCCCGUAACUCGAGCUUCCACCCAUGUCAGAAACUCAUCCAGACCAGAUGACUACAAAUCUACGCCAAGUUAUCAUGUGAAACAAGCUGAAAAAGCGUUGAAAACUUUAAAAGAAAUUAUCAUGAAAUCUGGAUGGGAGAAAAUUCUAACACACAAAAGCGGUGUCGACGUUUAUUUUAAACCUGGAACAAAUCAACAUGAUAGAAUCCCGAUAUUCAUGGGUGAACACAUCAUUUCCGGAAUCUCACCACAGUCGGUUUUUGCCGUUAUCGGAAUGAGAAAGCUUUGGGAUGAGUGGUACGAGGAAGGUAGUCUCGUAGAAAAUUUGAAUGACACGAUAAGUUCGACCUAUAUGGUCAUGCGGGCAUUUUCUGGUUCCAAGACUAGAGAUUUGUCCCUGGUGGAAAAGGUUGAAUGCACUCCAAGCGGAACAAUCUUUUUUGUUGCAACGUCGAUAGACAACCCAAAGGUUCCCCGUAUGGACGGAAGGAUCCGGGCAGAUCUUAAAAUUAACGGUUGGAUACUCGAACCAAUACUUUCUUCGCCACCAAAAACCAAAAUUACUUACAUCUUACAAGUGGACAUUAAUGGAUGGGUACCAUCAUUAAUCGCCAAGAAAUAUUUGAUGAGGCGACCACUUGUGCUCCAUAACAUUGAGAUCUAUUUGAAAAAGAAUGGACCGCCACCAAUGAUCAUCAGCACUACUCCACCUCCUUCUCGAAGAAUUUCUAAAAGGACAACAAGUGAAGUCUCAAAUGAUAAUGAAAGUACGGAUACCAAACACUCGAAAAAAAAAAAGGUCCCACGGAUGAGCGGUCUCAAAGAAAUUGAACCAACUUCACUAAUCAUGGACGAAGGGACUGAGCGCAUACCUUUUCGCAAUCGAAAAUCCUCGUCUAAUCCUAGUCUCACGUCUAAAGAAGCACCCGUAUCUUCCCCAUUUUCAACUCUCCGACAAAGUGCAAUUGGUUCUGACAACAAGUAUUCGGCUCCGAGGCAUACAUUGCCACCUUUACAUCUUCACCGCUUAUUUGAUUCUUCGACUAAACAAAAUUCCCUACGAAAAAUAACACAUCGCCAUACAGAAUCAGCAAAUAGAGCAGUAGCUAAAAUUAAAUUUUUGACUAGCAAUUACGACGGGUGGAACCUUUAUACCGAUAACCAAGGUGUGAAAAUUUUCAUGAGAGAUGUUCCUGAUAAGUCGACACCGCAGGUGCGCGGUGAAACCAUUAUUUCCGACGGAUUCACUCCCGAAGACAUUUUAUCGGUUAUUGUCAGCAUGGACAUGAGAAAGCUUUGGGAUGACCGAUUCGAUGAAGGGAAAGUGGUUGAAAGACUUGGGCAAGGUGAUGAUAUACUUGCCAGGGUUUGUAUGAAAGGAACUUUUCCUAUUAGUGGCCGGGACCUCGCAACAAUAUCCAAAAUCGAAAAAGAUCCGGAAACCGGCACCAUUUGGUUAGCAAGCAUAUCGGUAUCGGAUCCGUUGGUUCCAGAAACUAAGAAGCACGUCCGUGCAGAAUUAAAUGUUGCCGGAUGGAGACUACAACCAGUUAUUGACGAAUUUGGGAAAGCCAACUCAGUUGAGGUGAUCUACAUUGUUGAUAUUGACAUAAAACUGGAAUCUAUACCUUCUUCGAUACUCAAGAGUAUAUCGACGCAAACGCCCAUGUGUGUUGCAAAGGUUGAUGAACAGAUAAGAAAAACGGGUCAUCCACCGUACAUAAAAACUACCUCGGGAAUAGUAAUUUCGGAGGCAUUAGACACAAAGACCUAUCAAUACGAUCUGACAAUAGGAUCUGUUAAUGGUGAUAAUGUGACAGAGAUCAAAGUAUCAAAUGUGAUGUAUCCUUCUGGUUUUAACAUUGAUGUUAUACCCGAAAGUUCAAGAGUCGAGUUAUCUGAUACGAAUGUUGUUAGAAUAACAUUACCUACUGAAAUAGAAAUAGAAACUCUGAACGUGAAGAUUACAAAAUAUUACUCGGAAGAUGCUCAGUACACUUUCAACGGAGAAGGUGUCAUUACACAUUUGCAAGAGGUCGAAAAGCUCGAAGUCGAAUCGAUUGUAUCCAUUGAGGAUUCGGUAGAACACGAAGAGAUUGUUGAACCAUUUUUGUCAUCGAAAAAAUCAACCUACGAUAAUAAUGAAACUCCCCCUACUAAUGAAAAAAGAAAUAGCUAUGCCAAUGAAAAAGUUUUAAAGGAGCAAGAUCAAUCGAAAAAUGGUAAAUUAAGUUACGAUCAAAGCGGAAUUACAAGCCCCGACACACUUAAACCCAUCGAAGAAGUUCAAAAUGCAAUGACGCAACAUGAAAUAUCCAAGAGUAAAAGUUCCAAGGUUGAACAAGACAUCGAAAACAUUGACUAUUCAAUCCCUAGGCCCGAUCAAUAUGCAAAAAAAUAUGUUCCUGCGCCGCUUUUCGAAGUUAACGCAACGAAGUACAUCCCUGAGCCCAUAUUCACUCAAUCUAGUGAAACGUACACGUCCGACUUUGUUACUGUGCCAUCAUCGACCACCGAACAGACCAACAAUUCAACUUCUGCACAUGAUUCACAUUCCACGCGACCAACUCCGCAACAAAAGGCCUCAUAUAGAAACUCUUUACAAAAAAAGGGGGCCUCACGAGGAAUAUCUUCACAACAAAGGUCUUCGCGUAGAAUAUCUUCACGCAUGUUGCCCGAACAUUUGAUAAAUCAAAAUCAAUUUUACGAAGUCGAUAAUGAAUUAAAGAAAGAUGAACAUAACAGUAUGUCCAACCGAAGAGUUAGUUUCAUCACAAUUGGUGACGUUAGUAAUAAGAGAAUUAGUAUUUUAUUGGGCAAAAAAGAAAUUGGCUUUAGUCCACAAGAAGCUGGUUUAAUGUUUGCCCUUAUGACACUAGCCUAUUAUGUGGGAAAGCUUAGUGCGUGUGGUGUAUAUUAA